AUGCCUAAAUUGAACGAUUUUGUAUUUAAUAUUCGCUCAAUCAUUCCACUUGACAAUCAUCAAAUACAUUUACCAUCAAACGAGGAUAUUCAGCGUACAUUAAUAGGUUUCACAAAUCAUCAAGUUAUUUCUUGUGUCGACUAUUUUUCAAAUAAGAAGAAUGGUUAUUGUCAUAUUUACACAUAUCCAUAUACAAUGAUACAUUAUGAAAAUCUUACUAAUAAUUUUUCAGGUGGAUUAUUUAAAUGUGUUCAAACUGUAAAAUUAUUUGAUGAACGUCCUUUUGAACAUACAUUUUUUAUGCGAAUUGCUCAAUCAUUUCCAUUUUUGAAAUAUUUGACUGUAAGUAAUUGGCAGCCACAAAAUGACAAACAACGUCAAAAGUCAAAUGAUGACAAUCAAGAUUUUUCAAUUAUCGAAUAUCCUAACCUUAUUACACUACAUCUUCUCCACAUUCAUGAUGAUUAUGCUGAGCAAUUUUUACUUGAUACGAAAACGUGUUUACCAAACGAUAUUCACUUGGUAGUUGAUUAUGAUUUACUUCAACGUGUUACACACAAUUUCACUAGAGACGCAACACGAAUCAAUUAUUCGAAAGUGAAAGAUCUUGAGUUUCAUGAUCAAGUCGAUCUAUCAAAAUAUGUUUGA